AUGGCUAGCGACGACGCAAAAGGGAAAGGUCCAUUACAGGCAAGCUUGGUAAAUCCUAUACCUCAAACAAGUAUGACAGAUGCGUCAACACAAAGAAGUGAUCCCGUCACCGGUUCUGUUUCUAGGGGGACAAGUAACACUGAUCCAAGUCCUUCUACAUUUCAUUUACGGAAAUCACACCAUACUUUAAUGCUCGUAGCCGUAGUCUUCGCUAUCUACUUAGUACUAGGAACCGUGUGCUUCUACCUGCUCGAGCCCCAGAUGAUGGGACACAAAACAAAUGGACUUGUUGAUGCACUCUACUUCUGCAUUGUAACAAUGGCCACUGUUGGAUAUGGAGACAUUGUGCCUAAUACUGUCCUUAGUAAGAUAUUCGUCUGUUUUUUCGCCUUCACGGGAAUGGCUUUGGUUGCACUAGGCCUGUCCAAAGCAGCAGACUCUUUUAUGAAGAAGCAGGGAGACAUGCUAGUAAAUGCUUUACAUACGGAUCAAAAUGACAGAGCAGCUGAUAUUAAAAAGUAUGAAAAGCUUUAUAAAGGAGUGGAAUGCAAGUGUUUAUUGGUCUUUAUCUUUAUUUUGAUGCUCAUGAUUGCUGGGACAACCGUCCUAGCUACCGUGGAGAAAUUGGACCUUAUUGAUGCAUUUUAUUGUGUUUGUGUAACCAUCACGACAUUGGGAUAUGGAGAUAAGAGCUUCAAAACUAAAGGAGGGCGUAUUUUUGCGGUGUUUUGGAUUUUGGCAAGUACUAUUUCUUUGGCUCAGUUUUUAGCCUACAUUACUGAGCUAUUUGCUCAAAAAGCACAAAGGAAAUUGGUCAAGCAGGCUCUUAGCCGGAAAUUGACACAUGUAGAUCUGGAGGAAGCAGAUCUUGAUAAAAAUAAAUCUUUAGAUCUUGCUGAGUUCAUCCUACUUAAGCUCAAACAGAUGGAGAAGAUUAGUGAAGAUGAUAUUGCGCCUAUAAAGGAGGAGUUUAGAAAUUAUGAUCUUGAUAAGUCAAACACCAUAACUGCAUCUGAUCUUCUGCAAUCAACUCAAGCAUAG